AUGGUUCAAGGUAAGUCCAAGUUAAAGCCAAAGAAGGCCGCCAGAGUCACCAAGCAACAAUCCAACCCAAGAGCUGCCGCUCCGAGAAUCCAUAAGGCCAAGAAGAACGCUUCCGCGAAGAACGCCCAGAAGUUAACCAACGUCCAUCUGGCCGUGUUGCUCUCCUCUACCGAAAAAUUGAUUGCUGGAAGAGUUGGUCACUUGGAAAUUGUCAAGGGCUCCAGAAGAUCGCUUGAAAAGCAAGGUAAGUUGGACGCUUUCUUGGCCAAGACCAAGGGUAGAAUCUAAGUAUGGACCAACGACUUGUAUUCGAGAAUCGGCCAGGAUUGAUAGCCAUUAUUUCCAAGUGUGAUGAUGCUGACCUUGAAGUCCAAUCCCCUACUCAAAACACCCAGAUAUGUACUUGUAUGGCACCUACCCUGGUGAGUGUUUUACCUCCAUUGAAAGCUCUAAACCCGGACGAUAGCGAUGACGAAUCCGCGGUAAAGAGAAGAAAAAAGUGAUAGCCAUGAUCUAUUUUUGCUCGUUUUUGUAUAUUAUGAAUUUAUUGUUACAGCAGUGUAGAACAUGAUGUAUACUUCGCCUAUUGGGCUAUUAUUUCUCCG